AUGCCUGUUGGCAGCAAUUGCAAGGGUAACAGUAAGAAAUCUGCAUUGAUAUUGAAAUCUGCAUUGAAAUUGAACAACCACAAGGCCAAGGCCAAGGCCAACAGUUACUCCAAUUUUAAUUUUACUGGGACAACAGGUACCAGAAAAUCUUUGCUCUGUCUUGUGGUGAAAGCACGGGAAAGUGGGGACAUCAUGUCGGAAAGCAAUGACCAUAGCAGAAGCGCUGCCAGUGACAGUGAAAGCACCUCGGAGGAACAAAAGGUAGCUUCCUCGGCCUCUGAAGAGAGCAACCACUAUGAAACUGCUCUGCAAAGACAGAGGGAAGCACCUGUACCUGCCAGACAUUCCCCAUCUCUGCAGAGUCUUGCAGCUGCUAGCCAGCACCAGCAACAGGGACUCUUCAAUCCUCUAGCUGCAUUGCAUGCACGAAGUAUGAACAGGAACAUGAACAUGAACAAUCAAGCCCUGGCUCAGGUUCAAGCACAGGUUCAAGCGCAGGCUCAAGCAUUGGCUGCAGGCCGCCAACAGGGACUCCUUUCCUGGGCAGCCAUGGCGGGGCUUGGACAAACACAAACACAAUCACAAUCACACGCGGGGACCGGAGUCAGCCCAGAACAACAGAUACGGAAUAUGUUGGCAUCAGGGAGAUUCCCGGGCCCGCCAAACCUACAGCAAGGCACCACCGCUGCCACCUCGGCGUCCGCAUCCGCAAACCCAAGCGACAUUCUCAGGCUCGGAAACUUGGAACGAGAGGCUGCAUUACUGGCUGCAAGACUCAGACACGCACAAAACCCUUCCAUUGCUGGAUUCUCAUCCGCAGGAUUCGCUGCCUCACUCACAGGGCUUGCUGCCGCUGCCGCACCAGCGAAUCAACAGUUUCUAGCUUCAUCGGCAGCUAGUGCUAGUGCUAGAGAAGCUGCAAUACCAGCCGCAGCACCCUCCUUUCCGGCGUCACUGCAGCAGGCUGGACUGCCAUCGCUAGGAUCACCCAUUCCAAGUUCACAACAGCAGUCACAAAUGAUGCAAUUGGACUCCACUCGAAGGCUCAUGAUGGGAAGUGGCGGGGGCGGGGGCGCCACCGCAUCAACAAGAGAAGCAGGAGGUGGAGCGGAACAACACUUGUUGGCAGCGGCUGCAAACUGGAGGCAACAGCAUGUUCCUGGCAGCCAAGAAUCUAACUCCACAAGAGAGUUGAUUGCCGCACCUGCUCCACCCGGACGAGAUGGUAGCAAUCCUCGGGCACGCAAGAAAUCCUCCCCGCCGUCCUCUUCACCACAACCUCCCAGCAAGCGACCCAGAGCUGCUUCUUCAGCCGCAAGCGCAUUAACUGAAGCACGAGAACACGUCCGACGUGGUCCUCCGCAAGAAGCCACAUUGGCCGUGGCCGGUGCUCUGCCCGCCGCAUUGCCCCCCGUCGAAGAAGCAGCACCCACGCCACACUACAGUCAACGAGCAUUCGUGUCCUUGGCUAUCGAUGAAGACCAGAAUUGGCUAUCGGAAUUCCAGUGCUUUAUUCGACAAGAGAUACUAGAAGUAUUCCGGGCCACCAAUGAAGACGUGCGAGUUCGCAAUAACAGCAAGCAUUUGGCAACCCAGCAAGUGGGUAUCCGUUGUCGAUAUUGCGCUCAUUUGCCACCCAGUUCACGAGCCAGUCGCAGCAGUGCCUUUCCCAGCAGCGUCCCGCAGAUUUACCAAAGUUUCACCAUGAUGCUGCGUGAUCAUUGGCCCGCCUGUGAAUCCAUUCCAAGUCCUCAAAAAGAACAAUUCAGAGAAUACAAGUCCAAAAACAAUCAAGGAGCAUCUGAUUCCAAGAAUUACUGGAUGCACGCUGCCCGUCGGAUUGGUAUGGUGAAUACAUCGCAGGGUAUCCAGAUUGACGAUGGUAGCCGUACUGCUGCCGCCCGUAUCCCUCCAUUUGGGCACAACAGUGAUACAGUGGCAAGUUUGGGUCUGGAACGGGAUGAUGCCGAUAUUCCGUUGGUGUUGCCGGAAGACAAGGAGCUCCUGAAGGGCCAUCCGUUGGGUGACUACUGGUACUUUUUGUUGGGCCACGUGCAGCGUGUACGGUUGUCUUCUGCUGAACGAGUGGGCAAUCGCAAGAGUCUCCGCUUGGGUCUCCCUGGGUUUGGUUGUCGUUACUGUGCGAAGCCUGGAUGGUUGGGUCUUUCGCGUAUCUUUCCUGCUCGUCGACGAACGUUGCCGACUAAGAUACCUGAUUUGCACGAUCAUUUGGGUCGAUGCGCUUUGUGUCCUCCCGAAGUUAAGGAAAGAUUAGUGGAGUUUGAAGAGCAGCAAGAUCAAGAUGAUCAGGAUCAGGAGCAACAGGAGGAAGGCAAGAGUUCUUCCGAAGGAGGUGUGCCAGCUGCUGUUGCCCCAGCCUCAGCAGCAUCCGCGUCAUUACCAUCUGGGGCGACACCAUCGUUUGCAGCUGGCAAGGAGCGGGAGUUUUUCACCCGAAUUUGGGCUCGGCUGGGCCAUGGAGAUCGGCCGGAACCGGCUUAG